GCACGCGCGACGCUAACCAUUUCUACCCGGCAGGCCAGGAGGGUGAUUCUGUUCUCGAUCUUGUUCUGUUCUUCUCCGACACGUCUGCUCUGCCAGCUGCAGGGUAUAUCGACUUGCCGGUACCAUUUUUAAUCAGCUCCCAGCCCCCCUGAGCCCAGCCAACCAUGAGCGUCCGGGUCGUCGCGCGCAUUCGGCCCUUGCUCAAGCAGGAACUGGAGAAAGACACCAUUGUCGAGGCCGCUCCCAAUGUUUCCGAGCCACUUGCGACUCCCUCAAUCGUGCGCAUCCCGAAUCCAAAGAACGAGGCCGAGGCUUUCAGCUUCCAGUUCAACAGCGUCUACGACCAGCUAGCCACACAACAACAAGUCUUUGACAAUGAGAUUGCUCCCACCGUCAAGCACCUCUUCAAAGGAUUCGACGUCACCAUCUUCGCAUAUGGAGUCACAGGAACUGGAAAGACGCACACGAUGCGUGGUGGAAAGCUACUGGCUGAACGAGGUGUCAUUCCACGACUACUCAGCAGCAUCUAUCGCAGAAGUCGCAAGAUUGAAAAGGACACCGAAGGCGACACAAAGGUCGACGUCGCCAUGAGCUACUACGAAAUCUACAACGAUCGCGUCUUCGAUCUGUUUGAAAGUCUCGAGAAGCGCACUCCGGCCGGUCUGCCCAUUCGUGACAACAAUGGCAAGACGGUUGUCGUUGGCUUGACCGAGAGACCUUGCACCUCGCUAAAGGACUUCGAGACUCUCUACGACCAGGCCAACGUCAACCGCUCCACUUCUGCCACAAAGUUGAACGCACAUUCCUCACGCUCACAUGCAGUCCUCUGCGUCAAGGUAACUCAAGUGACUGGCAACGAAGUCCGUGUAAGCACGGCGAGCGCCAUCGAUCUGGCAGGAUCCGAAGACAAUCGCCGUACCGACAAUGGCAAGGAGAGAAUGGUCGAAUCUGCCAGCAUCAACAAGUCUCUUUUCGUUCUCGCUCAAUGUGUUGAAGCUAUCAGCAAGAAGCAGAAUCGCAUCCCAUAUCGCGAAUCCAAGAUGACCCGCAUCCUGUCUCUCGGUCAAAACAAUGGUCUAACUGUCAUGAUUCUCAACCUGGCUCCUGUCAGAAGCUACCACCUCGACACUCUUAGCUCCCUGAACUUUGCAAACCGUACAAAGAAGAUUGAAGUGAACGAAGUCGAGAACAGACCCUUCUUCCGCACAGCACCCAAGCCUGAAUCAAAAUCUGGCAUCCCAUCUGUUCCUCUAGCAAAUCGCCAACCUUUGCGGCCUAAGGCCUUGUCGCAUAAUGUUGUCCCUAGCAAGGAAGCGGCCGACAAAGACAAGGUGGAGAAGCCUGUGAAAGCCUUCUCUGUCUAUUCGGAUAAGCCCAAGACAACAGCGGUACGACCUGGUCAUCUAUCUGGACAAGGCCAUCCUCGCAUUGCUGAGGCACAUAAGCGCACUAGCAGUGAAGCUGUACCGACUAUCAGUCGACCUUCAAAGGUCCUGAAGCCGACAAUGGCAGCCAAAUCAGAGGCCAUGUCAGCAAAGUCCAUCGAAGAGAUGAUUGAAAGAAAGGUGGCCGAAAAGCUAGCCGAGCAAGCACUCAGCGCGAAACUGCCAGCAGGCACCGAGAUCUCGCCUGAUGUACAAGCCCGAUUGAUCGCGCUCGAACGCAGAGUAAUCGACCAAGAGUCAGCACGCGCAGAAGGUCUCCAAUACCUCCUCAUGGCCAAACAGCACACCGUCCGUGGCGAGGAAGUCAGCGCACUCAAAAUGUACCAGCUCGCCCUCCCUUACUUCCCCGACAACCAAAAGCUAGCCCAAAAAAUGCUCAAGCUGCAGGAAAAGAUCAAUCGCAAGGAAGAGGAGCGUCGGCCCAAAUCCGGUGGUGGUGUGCCGCUUGCCGAAGAUGCAGAUGAGGACUAUCAACCUGAAGCUCACGACGACGAACCAGACGAAUCAGUCUUUGACGCUCGCAGCGCAAGGCCACGCCGCCCAGCCGUUCGCCGCAACCUCAGCGUCUUCCGCGACGAAGCCUCUGCACCCCAAACACACCAAGCAGACUCCGACUCCGAAGACGAACUAGCACACUCCCUCAUGCACACCGGACCCGACCAAACGCCACGCUCAAAACACAUCCUCCGCAUCAUCAAUAGCCGUGAUGUAGCACAGAUACGUUUACUCAAAGGUGUUGGGGCCAAAAAGGCGGAAAUGAUUGUCAACGCUCUGUGUGAGAUGGAUGAUGAAGUCCGCCAUGUUACUGAAUUGGGAAGAUUAAAGGGCGUGGGAAGUAAAGGUGUUGAGAGGAUGAAGGAGGGUCUUGCUGGUGUUAUGGCUUAGAAGGACCAUUUUGCAUUGUAAAAGGUGUUGUUGGGUUUUCGUCGGGAGGUAUAAGCAUGGCGUUGAAGGGGGUGUUCAUCAUUCUUGCAUAUCUUCUUGAUGCAUCGUUUGGAGUUUUUAAUGGGUUGAAGGGUCAUUGUUAUUUGGCCUGUUCGGGAAGCAGAAGAGGCUUCUUUUCCUCUUACAUUCAAGAAGUAGAGACAUUCGAAAGAGAGAUAUCAAAUUAGGCAGUACCAAAUAAAGAAAGUCCAGAAGAAAAGUUUUCCAAACAUCAGCAUUCCAGAAACAACCAAGCUCAACACCCCCUAUGCUAGGAUCUCGCCAUCAAAAUGACGUGGCUAGCAGCACAGGAUAAAAAGGUAAAAAGCAA